CUUCUUCUAGCUACCCCGCCGUCACUGUGCAAUUCUUGCCAUCUUCAUUUGCAUGCGGGAAGCUUGAACUGUGGGCGCAAUAACCUCUGCUGCUCCGCCCGCCUUCCUCGAGUUACCUGACGCCUUUCCUCUCCGUCAAGCUGGCUUCCACACCCUCGCCGCCGAUACACACGCAGAGGGAGAACGGGAAUCCGCAGAACAUACGGGCAAGGAGUGCUUCGGUUCGCAUAUCACAGGCGCGGGAGGACGACGAAAAGGGCGGCACGGGCAGGUCCCGUUUCAAUAUGCUUGUGGGAAAGGGCUAUUCAUGGAAAGCUGCUAGCUCGAGAUUCCCGCCUUCGCGGCAAUUCUGGCAUAUGAUACGGAAUCCAAGGGUACUUCUUUCCAUUGGUGUUUUCACAGUUAUCGUGUUUCUAUGGCGGUCAGCAGCACCCUCCGCAGGAGAUCUUCAGAGAUUCUACUGCUUUGGGCCAGCAAAAGCACCCAUGCAUAUGACACCGAAUGAAAACGCAGAAUGGUACGGACACCUUAAAACGCCGGUGAUAUUCAACCACCAUAAACCGAUCGAUGUCAGCCAUACAAACAUAGAACAUGUCAAUUUGAACAAAGUGGAGUCGACUCCCAAAGCUGUACAAAACAUGGAGCGUGUCCUUAUCCUCACCCCCUUGCGCGACGCGAGCUAUUACCUCCAGAAACAUUUCGACCUCCUCUCCGAACUUACAUACCCACACGAUCUUAUCGACCUCGCUUUCCUCGUUGGUGAUACCUCCGAUGACACUGUAGCAACAUUGGCAUCUGAACUGGCGCGGGUCCAGGAAAGUCCGCAAGCAUUUCGCUCGGCCAUGAUUGUAGAGAAGGACUUUGGGGUGACAUUGUCGCAAGAUGUCGAGUACAGGCACAGUUUUGAGGCACAGGGGCCGCGGCGAAUGGCCAUGGGAAGAGCUAGGAAUUAUUUGCUCUCGGCUGCGCUCAAGCCUGAGCACAGCUGGGUGUAUUGGAGGGAUGUAGACAUUGUGGAAAGCCCCAAGAGGAUUAUCGAGGAUUUCGUCGCACAUGACAAGGACGUUCUUGUUCCCAAUAUCUGGUUCCAUCGAUACAAGGAGGAGAAUGGAAAGAAGGUCGACAUCGAGGGCCGUUUCGACUACAAUUCGUGGAUAGAGUCUGACACAGGGCGAAAGCUUGCCAACUCACUCGACAAAAAUGUAGUUCUAGCCGAGGGCUAUAAACAGUACGAUACCAAACGCACAUACAUGGCGAAGAUGGGUGAUUGGCGAGAGAAUAAGGAUGAAAUCAUUGAGCUUGAUGGUAUUGGUGGUGUCAAUAUCAUAGUAAAAGCAGAUGUCCACCGCUCAGGAAUUAAUUUUCCCAGUUACCCAUUCGAGAACCAAGCGGAGACCGAGGGUUUCGCCAAAAUGGCAAAGCGCGCCGGAUACGGUGUUUAUGGAUUGCCAAACUAUGUUGUCUGGCAUAUCGAUACAGAUGAAAAGCCCGGCAAUGCAUGAAAGUACCAUAAACAGGUUGGGGUGGCUUCCACAGGCAGGAAUUAGAAGGGCGUCAGUGUGUUUUUCUUCUCCAGUUUAUCGAAUUUGGCGUGCAUCACAGGAAGCGUAUGUUAUAUUGGGCAUCACGAAAGUUUCAUAGCUCUUUCAUCAUAACGGCGGGACU